CAGGUUUGUUUGUUUGUUUGUUUGUGUUUGGAAGAGAAUAUAUACUAUUAUGAUCAUCAUAACUCAUUUGAUGGGUUGAGCAGGUACAUGAUCAUAAUCAAGAAUAAUGGAGAGAGCAGAGCAAGAGCAGAAGGAGAAAGGAGGAGUAAAGUGCCCUAGAUGUGAUUCAUCAAACACCAAGUUUUGUUACUACAACAACUACAGCCUGUCACAGCCAAGGCACUUCUGCAAAGCCUGCAAGAGAUACUGGACAAGAGGUGGAACCCUCAGAAACGUUCCUGUUGGCGGCGGUUGUAGAAAGAACAAGCGUCGUCUCAACCACCCACACCCAAACACUACUUCUUCUCAGAUCAACACCAACAAUCAUGAUGUCAAUCUCCCCUCCUUAUUCCACACCUUCACUUCUCAUGCUGCUCUUCAAAAUAAUCAUGCCUUUGCUGCUUCUUCUUCAAGCUAUGAUUCUAUCUUGUUACCUCCUGCUUCUACAACUAUGAUGCCGAUGCAGCAAAACGUCAUCAAUGGUGGUUAUUAUUGCCAAAACCAGAUGGAGCCUAAUUUCUCUGAUCCAAAUUCUCUUUAUUAUUGGAGUAAUGCUUUCACUUCUUGGAACAACGAUAAUAAUCAUCAUCUUACUUCUCUCAUCUAAGACAAUCUUUUUUUUUUUUUUGCUUCAAAUUAAAAGAAAAAGAAAAAAGGGUAAAAGUGGGGUUUGGAUCGGAGUGAUCAUGUCAGCUGCUUCUUUUUUAAAGUCCCUAGCAUUACUGAUUACUACUGCGCCGAGAUGAACCUCGGAUCCUCUCCGUGAAUUUCAUCACUCUCUCAUCGAUUAGGUUCGUCUUUUAAUUUUCUUCUCAUUAUUAUGUAUGUAUAUAUGCACCAGUCACAUUUAAUUUCUUUACUUUGAUUUUUGACAUGUAUUAUCGGUACAAAAAUGUUAUUUGUACACUAAAAUCAGCUACUAAAAUUAGUCACCAAUGUAUUUAUGUAUAAAUAUACAUGUGUUUUAAUUUAUUUUCAAUAUGUAUUUAUAUUCCAACAUGUAUUUUAUACUAGUAGUUGAUUUUGGCGGUUGAUUUUGGUGUACACGUAACAUAACUCUAUUGCGCAUAUGCUGUGCUGUAAGAAAAAAAGGAACUACUGUUAGUUCCAUUUUUGUUCAUGGCGGAGGGACAAUUUAUACAUUUAUUACUUUGUUUUGUUGGGUGAUUCA